AUGUCACAACUUAAUCAACACCUGAUUGACCAACUGUAUAAAACUCCAGAAGAGAUCGCCAAGCUUGAUCAAACAGAACAAAAGAUUGGUGAUAUUAUUAAUUGGUGCAGUCACAAUUAUCAAAACAGUGACAAGGAGCAAACCUAUGAAAAAACCAAGGAGUAUCUGGCUGCAGUUCUAACUAAUGUUGUGUUUUUUAUUGACUCAUCAAGCCGUGAAUUGGAAACAUUGAUCGAGUUUGAAACACAGGAAGUCAAUCGUAUUGGAGCCGAAUUAACAAUAAUUUACGAUCGUUUAAAAUCUGCACGUUCAAUGACUGGUCGUGAAGAAUUAUCCAAAAUGCAUGCUGUUAAGCCAACAUCACGCACAGGUAUGAAGAAGAGAGUAAUUGAAUUAUCAAAUUCAAACUUUAAGAAUAAUAUUGUUUCAAUUGAAGAUCUGGAAAAUAUCUCAACCCUUUCCUAUCAUACACCCAAGUCAACCAGCCAGACUGAUUUCACAACUGUUGGUAGAGGUGGUUCAUCGGCUGGAAUGAUGGAUUCUCCAGUUAGUUUGGAUAUUGAUGAUGACAAUAGUGGUUAUUUGGAGAGGCAAUCAUCAUUCUCAUCCACUUCUUCAACUCAACAAGGUUUUAGCAGACCUCCUCCACCUCCACUCAAGAGUAGCAAUCAACCUCCACCUCCACCUAGCAGGAGUGGUCCUCCACCUCCACCAAAUCCAAGAAGAUUUAAUUAAAUUGAUUUAAUCAAAUAAAUUCAUGAUCUGUGUCG